AUGAGGUUGAUUGGCGCCGCGGCAGAGUUGAAGGAGCAUUGGCUUUGGCAGCCAGAGGUGGAUAGGGUGGUGGACGUGUUCGACGCUCCGGAGGCGACUGUAAUGGUAUUCGGUGUGUUCUAUAUCGACAAGUUUGUGAUGGACGUGCAAGACAAGAUUCGCAAGAUACAUGCUCAGCUUGAGGAGGUGUUCCGGCCGUGGAAUGAGCACUACCCGUGGCAGGGGUACAGCGGGGUGCACCUGCGGGCGGUGCGGGGCGCGGGAGGGCAGGCGAUGGUGCUUGGCGGAGUGGAAGUCGCGGACAACGCCGAGGAGGAGGAGGCGCUGGUGGCAGGGGUGCUGCAGCGAUUCUCCCGGGCUCAGGGCGCGGAGGUUUUCAUCAAGAUGUGCGACACAGAGGGCGACUUUCUGCUGAUGAUGAGCAGCGAGGCGCUGCCAGAGGAGUACGACUACCCGGUGGGCAACAACCGACUCUGGCUGAGCGCGGGGGAGUUCAAGCUGAUCCCGCGGGAUGUGCACGGGAGUCGCGGGCUGCGGGCGAACGAGGCGGUGGAUUAUCUUGAGCGGAGCCACUUCAAGUGCUUGACGGUACCCGCAGUCAGCCGGGCGCUGGAGGCCAGGAUUGCGCAGGGGUUUCCCGCCCGCCACCUCGAGGCGCUUACGUGGGUCCACCUGAAGAUGCGGCAGACGGCGCACGCGGAGCUGGUGCGGGCGAACCCCACCGUGUUCCCCCUGCUGCUGGCGAACUUUCUCAGAAACGAUCUGUCGCUGACCGGGGCUGCGAUGGAGGGCCAGGAAGCGAAGUGCAGCGACGUGCACGUGCUAGUACCGAAAACACACGCCGCGCUGGCGUCUCUCCUGCUUGCACAUAGUCCCGUGGCGCGGGGUGGCGAUCUUGGCAUCACCCUUGGCGACAUUUUAUCGUUGUCCCUGCAGGAUGCACUAGACGCGGGCCAGUUAACGACAGCUGAACCCAAAGGAAAGUUAGAGGGUGACCUAGUAAGCGCUCUGGUACAUACAAAACAGCUAGAGCGCCCGGUGGAGUUCUCUACGACUGAAUUAACUACGGAGGUACCGACUGCGGACAAAGAGGCGUCUAUGGAUGCCUUGGCCCUGUCGCUGGAGACUUUCCUGACAGAUAUUAAAGAUGACGAUGAAGGUAGCAAUGAGCAUGUUUCUGGUCAGGGGUCUUCAGCUGGGGAUGAAGAGGCUCGGACAUUUUUCGAGAGUGAAGGCGUAGAUAUUAGUGAAGACGAUUUCUUUGAAUAUUUCCUGACGGAGGGUCUGAAGAUGAACAAAGAACAGCUUCAACAUUACAGAAAUGGCGCCUACGAAGACUGCGCAAACGACGACAACGCCGGAUCAGAGCACGAGGAAGAAGAUAUCAUGCUUGAAGAGUUGCAUGCCAUGUUCGGCGAUAAAGACGGUGCAGAUGGGAUAAAGGGCAUUGAACAGCUCUUCAACUCCAUAAAUUUGGAUGGCGCCCCCACCGGGCCGUUGCAGGCCAUCCUAAAAAAUAUGGCAUCCCACAAAAAGAAGUAG